AUGAGACCAAUGCAGGAGAACAUCAAGGUGCUUUACUUUGCAAACAAAUGUCUGGAGCCAUAUGUAGAGAUCAUCACAGGGAAGGAUUCAAUAAAGCCUCGAAGGAGCGUGUGCAGGUCAGAGGAGGGUAAACGCUCUGAGGACGAGGAGCCUGAGGACAUACUUCCUGUUCUCCGAAAUCACAGCCAGCUCCUCAACGACCAACACAUCGAGAGUCUGGCCAAUCACAUACCAGUGAGGACACAGGGGUAUCCAUGGAACCUGGUCUACAGCACAGCCAUUCAUGGCACCAGCCUGAAGACUCUGUACAGGCAAAUGGCCCACAUCGACAGUCCUGUGCUUCUGGUCAUCAAAGACAUGGAAAAAAAGGUGUUUGGUGCCUUCUCCUCCCAUCCCUUCAGAGUGAGUGACUGUUGCUAUGGAACAGGAGAGACUUUUGUCUACAGCUUCGACCCUGCAUUCAAGGCCUACAGGUGGAGUGGUGAGAACUCGUACUUCAUCAGGGGCCAUAUGGACUCUCUACAGAUUGGUGGAGGAGGGGGGCUUUUUAGCCUGUGGCUGGAUGCUGAUCUGUACUACGGUGCCAGCUUCCCAUGUCACACCUUCAACAACCAGCCCCUGUCCACCCAGCAAGACUUCACAGUGCAGGACCUGGAGGUCUGGACUGUCCAGUAA